AUGCAUCAUUGGGAAUCAUCGCAUGACAGUGCCGUCGCACCAAGCCCAAUCGUUCGCACUUAUCGACCUGACCCUCCCUCGAAACGAAGAGUCAAUAUGACGUCCCCCAAGAUGACGGGGACAACUUCCGAUCUUCCGCCUCCUAGAUCCCGUGGCGGGAGUGGACCACGACCUCAAGCUCGCUCAGCGGGUACAGCUGAACGAGCCGGCAGGAAUGAAAGCCUGGUGGAUUUAGUUCGCUUCUUUCAGACCCAGAAUAUGACCCCUCAACCUAUAGCACCUCCAUCGCCAUCUGAAACUUACACUCCACCUCAACCCUCGAGUCCCUCGGAUACAGCAACUGCGCUUCCGGUUGCUAUAUCGCCCAAGGAAUCGAAGUCGGAGCUGAAACAGGAACUGAAGCCAUUUCAUCGGCGCCUUCUACAAUUCGCCCAGCGUCCCAAAAAGGAACCGUCAUUGAAAUCAAAGAAAGACGAUCAGCAGCGCCAGAUUGAUGCAUUGACAAGAGAAGGAUAUCUGAUACCAGCUCCUCUACCGAAGGAGUUGAAAGGACAGAGGGAGGCAAAGCAAUCAAUAGAAAGUGACAGGAUGUCAGUUUCCAGGUCUCUUUCUAAAUCAAAAAAAGAUGUGGAAAUCAUCGGACAGCCAUGGUUGGAAGCCAAAGCUGAUGGCAGGAAACGGCCAACCGAGCCGAGACGGCGCCUGGCCUCUUUGGACUUGGACGACUUUGGUUCAAUGGUUGAUGUCGCGGUCUCGCUCUCUGCCGAGUUCGACGAUUCAGUGCCACCACCAUACCAACCCACUGAAAACGCUCCCUCUCGAUCAUCUUCAAUGGUGCCAAUGUCGAGUCCGAGGGCAGACCCCACACCAUCCAAGGUCAUCGCAUCAGCUUCGUCGUCCGCCUCUACCAGCCUUUCUUUUAGGAACACUUCUAUCGAUGAACAAAGCCAACAGCCAUCCAACUCCACAGACUCUAACAACCUUGUUACCUCACAAGAUAUUGAAUCUGUUUCAACUCCCACUAGCAGUGCACCUGCGAGUGUCAAGACUACCGAGUCCCAGCCCCGGGCUUCCUGCGAUAGCUCGAGGCGAGACCAGUCAGACCAACCUUCGGUCCGCAACGUGACGCCAUCCCAACCCACCUUGAAACUGUUCCCUGAUGUUGCGCCUCCACGCAAAUCAAGCAUCGCGGCUCGGAGAACUUCAGCAGUUCCCCGGUAUCAGAUAAUCAGCAAUGCCGCGGCAUCAUCGACACGAACCCCACAGCCUGGGUCGUCCGACAAUCCUGCUGAGUCUUCGAAGGCUUCACGAAAAUCACUGGAUGUCUUCACGGAUGUCCCAGCUACCGAAGCGGGGCCAAAAUGCCCAGGGUCUCUCGUGCCUCCCGCAAAUUCUGCUGCUGAAGCCUCUGUCGAGAAAGCGCCCAAGGAGUCCGCGUCCCCAGAUCAAAUCAAGACCCGACGGGCCUCGCUGUCUAUGGGCACACUCAAGGCAUUUCCUCUGCCAGCACCUACGAGACCCCUGCCAUCUUUGCCUGAGCUUGAACGCUGUCCGAGUGCUCUUCCAGACACGAGUACUCAGUCUAUCCGAUCGGUUUUGUCAGGGCCUAUAUUAUCAUCGACUUUGCAGUCUUCGGCCACAGCCGUCGAAAACCAAGAAACAGAGUCAACCAUCGACAGCCCCAAUAGGCCCGACUCACGUCCAGCAACUGCUAUUGGCAGUGUGGACGCUGGCGGCUCAAUAGCUGAUGAUGAGGAAAGCUUAUUCGCUCCAUCAAUCUCCGACUAUUCUAAGUCGACUUCAGGGCUAUUCACUCGUCGAGGGCGUGCAUCUAGUGUCCGCAUCCCUCGGAUGCAAGAGGAUCCUGGGACAUCAAGCUCAAACAAGCUAUCAGAGGGUGAGCCUUUGGCUGACUCUCCUGUCUUAGGACAUGGCACCUCAACAAAGACCAAUGGCAAACAUGCCUUGACAGCGCUCCAUAUCAACCCACGGAUCGGUCGAAAGAACCUUCCUUUUGGGCUACCCACGCCCCCACCUACUGCGUCUCUCCCAUCGGCGCCCCCUCCCCAACACGCUCCUCCCCCGCCUCCUGGACGUAAAAUUGGCCAACGCAAUGCCGCUGCUCCUCAUGCAGCUAAGCUAUCAUCAAUGAAAAGCAAGGAUGUUCCUGCUGCGCCUGGGUCGUACCGGAAUUCCACGAUUUCCCAGAGCGACAGCUCCCGAAGCAGCCUUCGGAAUGAGAGCUUCCCUGAUUCGUAUGGGGAAAGUCGUACUGAGUCUCGACCUGAGUCUCCCCUUCCGUCAUCGGACGACGAGGUUUUCGGCCCUAGAGAAGACUCCAAGGCCUUCCGCUGCGAAUCCACCAAGCACAAGCGAAUCCAAACAGUACGACGGGAGUAUGGCACAGCGGAUGUAAACCAGAGCUCCGGCCGCUUGCGACUUCGUUGCCCCCAACCUACCCGCUCUACGGCCCCUCAAAGUCGCAGCAACCACGAUCUUGAGAAGACUUCAACUCCUCAGUCGCAAUACUCCCUUUCGGCUCCUCGACUGAGAGAAUCCCAAAGCACCCAACACCCACGCCCCGCUCAACGAGAUCACUACCUCGAAGACCGGGUUGCAAACCUAGAACGCCAAAACCAGAUGCUGCAGGCUGCCCUCAUGGCGGCGCUCAAUGCGAGCGGCAAGAACGCUUUGGAGGGCCUCAAUCUGGACCCCAACAUGCCACCAGCCUUCCCACAUGCACCCUAUGCCAACAACUAUCCAAGCAGUCAUUUUUCCCGCCCUGAUAGUUGGGUCAGUUCUUCUCGCAGCAGUGAGACCAGUGGGUUUGAGUCAGGCUCGAGCAAAGACGGUCGUGCCAAUGUGAAGCAACUGGACAAUAUGAUCGAGGAUAUCGAAUCUGGGUGGAUGUCGGACAAGUCCAGUCUCAGUGGAGCUCGAAUUGCCCGCCAACGAUAA